AUGUGGCCGAUUUUCAGAAAAAUUUGUCGCACUUGGCCCCUAGUCUUAUCAACUAUCCUAAUUAUUUUAAUGGUUCUUGUUUGGUCACAUAAGAAGCUAAAAAGUAGUGAAUAUGCUGACGAUUACGGGUCAUUAAGAUUGACAGAUGAUCAAAGAGAUUAUAUAGACAGAAAAGGGAUCCAUGUAGUAGUUGGACAUUACAUAGGCGACUCGGUCGACCCGAUGAAGACUCCGAACGUGACUAAAGAAAUCGUAAACAAAAAUAUGUUCAACCCGCGAGCUUACGAUGGCAAAAAUGGAGAACCAGUACUUAUAUCUUCAAAAGACUUUCCUGUAAUGCAACAGCUCUUUCAGAUCAACAGGUUCAACCUGAUGGCGAGUGAUCGAAUUCCCUUGAACAGAACGCUGCCGGAUGUCAGGAAGAAAAAAUGUAUUAUUAGAUAUGCUAAUUUGACUGAUUUACCCGAGACCUCUGUUAUUAUUGUCUUCCACAACGAGGCUUGGAGCACGCUCAUGAGAACUGUUUAUAGUGUUAUCAACAGAUCACCCAGAAAAUUGCUCAAAGAAAUUAUUCUUGUCGAUGACAACAGCGAUCGAGAAUUUUUAAAAGAGUCCCUGGAUGAGUAUGUCAAGACUCUGGCAGUUCCAACCCGAGUUUUGAGGUCUGGUACCCGCGUGGGGUUAAUAAACGCGCGGUUAAUUGGAGCCAAGCAAGCUAAAGGUCAAGUUUUAACUUUUCUUGACGCCCACUGCGAAUGUACGGUUGGAUGGCUGGAACCAUUAUUGGAAGCUAUUUCUAAAAAUAGAACACGAAUAGUCGCACCAGUGAUUGAUAUUAUCAACGAUGAUACAUUUGCAUACACGAGGUCAUUUGAAUUACACUGGGGAGCAUUCAAUUGGGAUUUGCACUUCCGUUGGCUGACAUUGAGCGGUCCAUUGAUGAAGCAACGUCGUGAGAAUAUUGUCGAACCGUUCAAGACCCCGGCAAUGGCUGGAGGGCUAUUUUCAAUGGACCGUGAGUACUUUUUCGAGCUUGGAAGCUACGACGACCAGAUGAAGAUCUGGGGAGGAGAAAAUCUCGAGUUGUCAUUCCGAGUUUGGCAAUGUGGAGGAAGCGUCGAGAUCGCGCCUUGCUCCCAUGUCGGACAUCUAUUUAGAAAGUCUUCCCCGUACACCUUCCCCGGGGGGGUAGGAGACAUUCUCUACGCGAAUUUGGCGAGGGUUGCGCUGGUCUGGAUGGACGACUGGGCGGAGUUUUACUUUAAAUUCAACCCCGAAGCAGCGAGGCUCCGUGACAAACAGCAGAUCCGCGAAAGACUUGCGCUGAGAGACAGACUCAAGUGUCGCGGCUUCGACUGGUAUCUGGACAACGUUUGGCCAGACCACUUUUUUCCUAAAGAUGAUAGAUUCUUCGGGAAAAUCGUUCAUCGGCAGACAGGUAACUGCUUGAUGAAACCCCUCACCAAGGGCAUGUAUGCCCAACCUGCUGGGUAUGCGGUUACUGAGCCUUGUGUCAGUCCUCCUGAUCUCAUCCAAAUGUUUGUUAUGACUAAAGAUGGCAUUGUUAUGACUGACGAGAGUGUUUGCUUGGACGCUCCGGAGCGUGAUACUAAACACGAGAAACCCAAGGUCAAAAUAAUGGCCUGCAAUGGACUUGCGAGGCAAAAGUGGAAUUAUAAUCAUAAUACAAAGGCAUUAAUUCAUACCGGCUCUGAAAUGUGUUUAGCCGUGAAUCCAAACCGCGAUGAAGGCCCGGUAAUAGCUGCGUGCAAUGGAAACUUUGAGCAGCAAUGGGAAUUACAAUCCGUGCCUUGGAAAUGA